AUGGCUAGCAACGAGUACUGUGACAGCGACGGCAGCGAUGUGGAGUUGGGAGAGAGUGUGGAGUUUGAGAGGGAGGGGGAGGUAGAAGGUUUUGUACCUGAUGAUCCUUUGGAUCGAGCCCAGGAGUGGGAAUCUUGGGUCGAAGGAGAGGAGGAGGACGACGAAGACUUUGCGGGAUUUCAGGUGGACUGGACGACGGAUGGAUACAUGCCCCGAAAUCCAAGGCAGUUCACGCGAAAACCGGGACCGAAGCAGCCGAUUGCCAUGGAUGAAACCCCCCUUGGGGUGUUUUCACGGAUAGUCGACGAUGAACUUUGGGACAUGUUGGUGACCCAAACUAAUUUGUAUGCGGAUCAGACGCGCGGCCAAACCCCAUCCAAUUCGAAGUGGAACCCCAUCUCCAAAACCGAGAUGAAAACGUUUGUCGGGCUCUGCUUCACUUUUGGGGUCCUGAAACUGCCAGCACGCCGGGAUUAUUGGAGGCAGACCAAGUGGCUGUACCAAACACACGUCCCCAAGGCCAUGGCACGGGAUCGUUUUGACAUGAUCUGGAGAUAUCUCCAUCUCCAAGAUAACAUGGACCCUGCUGUGGACAAGUCCGACAAGCUCUGGAAGCUCCGGGGAUUCAUGGACCUCCUCCUUGCCAAAUUCCAGGAUCUCUAUGAGGUCAAUGGCUUUGUCACCGUGGAUGAGUCCAUGGUGAAGUUCAAGGGACGCCUGGCCUUCCGGCAGUACCUCCCCAUGACGCCAGUGAAGUGGGGAGUAAAGGUGUGGGUGAUGGCGGAAAGUAAGACAGGCUAUGUCAAUAAUUUCCAAGUUUACACGGGGGCCAUUCAGGGUAAGGCUGAGAAAGACCUGGCUCACAGAAUUGUGAUGGACCUGGCCAAACCUUACUUUGGAUCCAACCUCACCAUAUACAUGGAUAACUUUUACACUGGUGUCCCAUUGAUGGUGGACCUCAAGAACAGGGGGGUACAAGCUUGUGGGACGGUGCGUGCCAAUAGAAAGGGCCUCCCCAAGAGCAAGGACCUCACGAAGCAGGCUGGCAUGAACAGGCACCAUUUGAAGGUGGCGCAGCAGGAUGACCUGACCUUCUGCAUAUGGCAGGACACCAAGGCAGUGAUGGUCCUGUCAAAUUUCCAUGACCCGACAGCUUUUGGGUCAGUAAGGAGGAAGGCGAAUGGUCAACGCCAAGUGGAGGUUUGUGUGCCAGCCUGCCUUGCUGACUACCAGCAGCACAUGAAGGGGGUACCUACUGGACCAGAUGGUGGGAUACUACCAGAUCCAGCAUAG